AUGUCACGACAGUACGACUCGGACACGCCAUCACUCUUCGGAGAGCCUUCGCCAAAAUCCACGACAACACGCUCCAGCUCGCGCGAGCGCACAAGCAGCGGAGGCCAUGAAGCCGUGCGCUCCCCAGUCCCCGAGGGACCGCCGUCCUCCCCGCAGUCGCCCCAUGGUGUAUCAUCGAGUUCCGAGGGCUAUCCAUCAUGGCUACCAAAACGCCCACCACCGCCUGGUCCACAGUCGACCGUGCACUCCGAGGUGGGUCCCAUGCUCAGCGAAGCUGGUCCUAGCAAUGAGCCCUACAUGAUUGGACGGAGACCCACUCCACGCUCGGUGCGUAUCGUCAGCUUGCAGGGCUCAACGCAGGCGCUGGACAGGGACUCGAGGGCGCGACGCGAGCCCACGGAUCAGUCGCGUGUGUUCUCUGGACCCCCGCACGCGCGUGUCUGGUCGCGCGCGACGAGCGCUGGACUAAGUCCUACGCUCUUCGGUUCGGGACUUUUCUCUUCUCCACCUCGGCCCAGGUUCCGCACCCCAGGCUUCCGCCCCGAACUCUUGCGAAAUCCUUCUUGGAAAGUCCGCCUACUGUUUUAUAUAUUCCCUGUAAUUGUCUUUGGCCAUAUCGCGCUGCAGACGUUCUUCGACAUCAAUGCUGUAUACAUGCUAAUCAUGGUCGCAAAGUAUCCUAAUCCUGCCGCGCCAGGCGUGGCUGGCUCCGGGAAAAACUGGGCUCUCGCAGCGGCUGGCUACAUUGCUUGCUGGUUCACGUGGAUAUUUGUUGUAGUCAUCCUGUAUGAGCUUAUAUUUUCAUUCUAUCGUCGAUGGAGAGUUAAACGACCGCUAAUGUUACCAAUAUACAUGUCCACGCCUGCGUACAAUCUUGUUUCAAUGACCUCGUACACUAACUUCUGCUUUAUGUAUCAUAUUCGCGCCUCUGCGUUCUCUGGAGAACACGGCGCAACCCACGACGGCCUUGCCGAAACCGCCUAUUAUUACUCGCAAAAUUGGCCGACAAUUGCCCUCCUCCUGCCGCGUGCGGCACUCUCUCUAGCCUUGCUGCUUGGAUUCUGGACGCCCUCGCCCGGUGCUAUUGCUCUCAAUAAUGCUGGCAUCAGCGUCCGAGAAGGAUCUUUCUUUCGCGCGGAUGGGACGCUCACGGACUACGCCCGCGGUGUGCUCAUUGCAAACGCGGUAUGGACGGCAUGGCGGAUCCUCAUUCUCCUACUGAGCUUCAUCGGUCUCUGGAUCGCAAGCGGGCAGGGCUGUGCGGGUUUGUGCGGGCCACGAUUCCGCUGGGAGGAAGAGGACGCGGAAAAGACGGCAUCGGUCUUGAGUGACAAGCUAUCGGAUAUGGAGAUGCUGCCUUGGUCCUGGAAGGAGUCCACGUUGAUGCGCAUCAAGGAUGCGCACGACUUCUGCCUCACAAACAGACCCAUCCGUACGGAGUUUGUCCCCGAAGAGGGUCCUGUGCCGGAUCUGCCGCCUGUACCGUUCGAAGGCAUGGAUCGCCUGUUCGCCGCUGUGGGGCUGGCUCCCAGCCACCAUCCUGCCCGGCGAGGCGUGUUGUCAUCGCAACUCUUCCAGACGCCUGAACCGCAAAUGGAGAGUGAGGAAGGCGGGGAAAAGCUGCCGGCUAGCAAGUCGGCGCCGGAGUUGUCGCGUGUAGCUCCUCCUCCAACUAGCCUGCGACAAAAAGAGAAACGACCUGCACGUCCACUGGCACCCUUUCCGACUUCGGACUAUCCGUUCACAGGGUCUGGUGCACAGAUUUCGUCUGAGGAGAACGUGCCGUUUCCGCCAUCAUCUGUCUCUGAGGAGGAACGAGAAGUGCCCAUUCAGGGCACAGAUGACGACGAGAUGGAGGAAGGUGAAGAUGACGAAGAGGAGCAUGCGAGUACUCAUGAAGACCCAAGGACAGGCACGAGCGAGAAUGUGGCGACUGAGCUGGAGGAAAGCGUAGAACAUCACCGUAGACGAACAUCGGAAUCCAUGUCCAGUCUCGGGCGGCCCAUAGUUUCGAGGUACCCCUUCAUGCACCGACGGCCAACGGGUGGGAGUGCCUCCUCGGUAUCUCCUCGCACACCCUCCUCGCCUUCCACACAGACGCGUUCGACGCACACACAGUCGAUGCAAUCGCGUUCCACGCGCGAGUCCCAGUCAACGCAGUCUACAGGCAAUGCGGAGUCAUCCGAAUCGCCCAUAAGCAACAGAGGCUCGAACGGCGCCAGCCCGUCAUCAUCGAACUUCAGCGGCAGCGCGAUCCCGAUGCCGCCCAGACAUCCGCGAGCACACAGGAGGGCAAGAACGAGGACUAUCUCGCCGGGCAGCCCAGGCUCCAUCUCACCAGUUGUAUUCCCCGCGGACCGGCCUCAUGCGCGGACACGCACGGACAGCGUGGCCAACGAGGUAUCGAUGACGUUUGGUGCUAUGCAGCCGCCUGUGUACGACACUGACGAGGAAGAUCUGCACGAGGGCUCCCUCAUGGACGUGCCCGAGGCGGAGGGCUCCGUGGAAGAGGCAGAACGGCAAGAUAGCGUCGGUCUGCUGUCCGCUGCGCCGAGUCCGCGUAGUUCGUCGGGCAAUCUGCGGCGCAGAACGAGCAGCUUUUCGCAACACAGGUCGAGCGGUUCGCGGUCUCAUUCAGGACGGGUUUCGUUGUCGCGCUCGCGCUCACGCACAAGCUCAGGGACAUCUCGGUCGGAGUCUGCGCGAUCACGAGCGCAUUCGCUCAUACAGUCCAUCGGCGCGGCGUCGCGCUCAUCCAUAGAUGUCGUACGCUCUCGGACCAACUCCAUGGCGCGCCUGUCAGACUCACCCGCAGGAUCGUCUGCGUCGGACACGGUGCUGAGUAGUCCCGAGAACCACACGUUCGGCCAUCCAUUGCGGGAGCGGUGGGGCCCAGCAGACGAACACGGCAGGCGGAUCAGUCCCUCCCAGGUGCCUCUACCGCCAUCCGCAUCUACCUCGGAAGCUGCCUCCGGUUCUGACGCUGGCGGACAUUUGCCCCGGUUGCGUGGGGUGCGUUCGAGUCCGCGCUCAAGUCUGGUUCCGUCCCAGCGAAGUCGACGAAGUCAGCGUACGGAGCGUCUAGGAGUGCACAUACCAGAGGGGCAUCUGAGCACUGAAAGCCAACCCGGAACAAGUACCGCGCAAUCGUUCAUGACAGCACCGACGAUCGCACCCAGUGCAACAGAAACUUCAAUACGGACCAGCUGGGCGGAGCUGGACUCGCCGACCACGCCUGGUGAUCCGGAAAACUAA